AUGAGGUCUUCCGUCGCCGCUGCUUUUAUGGUCUUUGUUGCCUCUGGAAUCGCCCUGGCCGCUCCCGCCGUUGAAUCUCGCGCUGCUCAAGUCGAUCUGCAAAGCUGCAAGCCUACCCUCAAAGGCGAUCUGGUCUACCGCGGUCCAGGCGGUCAAGGAGACCGACUUGUAGUAGUCGAGAAUGGUACUCUACGCGUUCCUCAAACGCAUGCCCUCGAGGCUCCAUCCAAGCGCAACGUGCCCAAAACCCCAGUCAUCUUUUCGACUUGCACGGAGAAGUUCCUUGGAUACAGUUCCACUGAUGCAUCGGUAAAGUAUGGAAAUGUUGCUGUGGUCCCUCUCGGCCGUGAAAACGGUCAGAUCGCCAUCCAGACGCGCUAUGGCAACUCGCGUGAGAGCACUCCUUUCAUCCUCAAUGGGGCUCCACACGCUGGUGCGGAGGACAGCGGCAGAUUGUUCGACCAGUGGAAAAUCACCAUCAACAACCCUACCGAUGCAACUCUUCAAUUUGUGAAUGGUCGCAAGGAGGAUGCGCUACCUCAAUUCCGCUACAUUGUUAGCGCCGAUAACCGUGAAAUUGUGGGCAACACCGCAUACGAGGAUGGCAGCUCCUUCGCUUUGAUCAAUGUGGCUCCCAUCAACUAG